GCGGGAGGAGCGGAGCGGAGCGGCGGGAGCUCCAUGGUGCAGGGCCGGCUGCGCCAGCCCCGCCAUGGCCCCGGCGGUCUGCGGGACGCUCCUGGGGCUGGCCAUGUACGCCAGCGGCCUGUGCGCCGUGAGUGGAGCCGCGUUCCUGUACCACGACUACUGCGUCAUCGGGGCCGGGCCCGCGGGCUUGCAGGCGGCCUAUUUCCUCCAGAGAGCCGGCCGGGACUACAUCGUGUUUGAGCGGAGCCAUGCUCCCGGCAGCUUCUUCGCACUCUACCCUCGGCACCGCAAACUCAUCAGCAUCAACAAGCAGUACACGGGCAAGUCCAACAGCGAGUUCAACCUCCGCCACGACUGGAAUUCGCUCCUCAGCCACGACCGGCGGCUGCUGUUCCGACGCUACUCUCGCGACUUCUUCCCCAACGCUGACACCAUGGUGCGUUACCUGGAGGACUUUGCUUCCCUGCUGAAGCUACGGGUUCAGUACAACACAGCCAUCAUCCAUGUGACAUUGGAGAAGAAUGAGCAGGCCUGGAACGGCCAUUAUUUUCUCCUGACCGACCAGGACAGGAAGAACUACAAGUGCAGCUCGUUGUUGGUUGCUGCUGGAACGUGGGUUCCCAAUGUGGUAAACUUUCCUGGCUCAGAGUAUGUUGAGGGUUACGAGACCGUGUCCAUCAACCCGGAGGACUUCACUGGCCAAACCGUGUUGAUCCUGGGCCGAGGGAACUCGGCCUUCGAGACAGCCGAGAACAUCCUGGGUGUCACGAACUUCAUCCACAUGGUGAGCCGCUCCCGCGUGCGCCUCUCCUGGGCCACCCACUACGUCGGGGAUCUGAGAGCAAUUAACAAUGGCCUGCUGGACACCUACCAGCUGAAAUCUCUGGAUGGGCUUCUGGAGGGUGACCUGGAAGAUCUGGCUAUCGUUAAGGACAAAAAGGGAAAGCUGCACAUCACACUGCGGUUCUACCUGGAGAACAGGAACAUCAGCGCAGGCAUCGACUCCAUCACCCUCCCUCAGGAUGAACUGGACAACUUUGCCACCCGCGCACCUUACGACCGCGUCAUCCGCUGCCUGGGCUGGAAGUUUGACUUCUCUAUCUAUAAUAGAUCCCUGAGAAUGAUGCCAGGAAAAGGGAAUAUUAAGAAGUAUCCUCAAAUCAAACCCAGCUACGAGUCUAGAGGCACUCGGGGGCUCUUUGUUCUUGGCACUGCUAGCCAUUCAGUUGACUUCAGGAAAUCUGCUGGAGGCUUCAUCCAUGGAUUCCGGUAUACAACUCGGGCAGUGCAUCGCCUAUUGGAAAACCGUCACCAUGGUGUCCCCUGGCCAUCCACAGUCUACCCUAUUACACAGCUGACCAAUUCCAUCAUCAAGAGGGUGAAUGAGGCCUCAGGCCUCUACCAGAUGUUCAGUGUCCUGGCUGACAUCAUACUGCUGAGAGAGAAUGCCACAGCAUUUGAAUACCUGGAAGAGUACCCUGUUGGAGUCCUGGCUGAGCUCGAAAUGCAGACGGGAAGAAAGGCUCGCAAUGGGCUCUUUGUCAUCAUUAUGGAGUAUGGCAGGAAUUUCUCUGGGGCUGACAAGGAUGUCUUCUACUACAACCGUGCUGUGGGAGAGGCGCAGCAUGCCUGGCAGUCCAACUUUUUACAUCCUGUUAUUUACUAUUACAAACACCUCCCAACAGAGCGUGAGAUGAGACUCCGUCCCCCAGACUGGCCUCUGCCCCAGCCAAAUGCCAUCCAUCACAUUGUGGAGGACUUUCUGACAGACUGGACAGCCCCGAAUGCUCACAUCCUGCCGCUGAGGCGGUUUCUGGAGAACUGCCUCGGCACCGACCUGCGCAAUUUCUUUGCAGAGUCCUGUUUCCUGUUUGCCUUCACCCACCAGAAGCUGCCUCCCUCCUGCCAGCAGGGGUACGUUCGAAUGCAGGGGCUGCUGGGGAGCCAGGAGCUCCGGCAGCACGCGGUACAGGCUGGGCUGCUCCAGGAUUACACUCACACAGACUUGUCGGGUGACAGACCCCCUGACAGCCACCACGGCUCACAGGAGCACUUGAUGAGAGAUCAUGGGAUACCACUUCGUCCUCUGCAGCAUCUUGUUAAUGCCAAGGAUGAGCUUUAACCUUUCUUGCUGCACACUGAAAUCCAUAGGUGCUCUCGUGACAGUACUGUAACAGAGAUCCACAGCAGGAUUCUGCCCUUUCCAGCAUCCCUUUUCCAUCCCCAUGCCUCCCACUGAUCGUCAGUUGCCAAAGACCUGCUCAGAUCUUGCUGUUACAAAGAGGACCAACAUCCUCUGGAGGACUUAGGGACCAAAACCCAGCGAUGCUGAGGUUCCCAUGUUGUCCUUGCAGAGUUCAGAGUGGCCUGAAGAUGGUGUUGGUGUUUAUCUCACUGACCAGGAUUUGCAGUGACAGAGGCCACAGAAGUGAGCGCAGGAAUGCCUGGGAAACUUCAGACGUCCCCCUCAGAGAUGGCCUGCUCACAGCCUGUGGCUCUCUGGUCCCUGGAUGCCCUACGCUGUGUAUACUUGAAGAUUUGUUUCUGCAUUGAAUCCUGAAGUGGUACUCCAGGCAAACUUCCUGGUAUUUUUCCUGCAUUUGAGUUAGGGCAGUUGUGUAGCUUGAGUGAGGAAAGAUUAUUUUCUUUUAGUUGCUGUAUAGGUCAGAUAAUUUAUAAUUUCUAGAGAACACUACAAGGGACUCUUUCCUCCACAACAGAUGAGUAGCUUGCUUGGAAUGCCUGGGACACAGACUUACAGAGUUUGGGUCUGCUGUCCUCAUGGUUUUUUUCUCCCACACCAAGCAGCCUAGAAGGUUAGCCUGUCUUUUAUAAAGCAUGACCAAUAUUUCUCCUAUUUGCACUAUGUCCCAUCAAGAAAGUUUGAUGUUGUUAAAAUGCUCUU